AGCUAUCGUCGAGUUUGGAAGAAGGUUUAAUUUUAGAGAUCAUUCAUAAUUCGUUGAACAUCUAUCGUGAUUUGUACUUAGUUCUUUGUAUAAUAUUUUAAAAACUGUCGUUGGUUUGUUGCAGUGUGAAUUGGUCGGUGAAAAUUGUUUUAUUAUAAAGUAGGUACCUACCUAUACUUGUAAGUUCCUUUUUGACAAGACGUUGGAAUUGAAAAUUCGCCAAAUGGAUUUCCCUCAUGUAGAUCACAUGAUACAUGAUCAUCAUAGAUUGGUGAUUCGGCAAGCCCUGGUACAGGUAAAUCACUCCCGCAACGAAGUAAAUAAAAUGACGGAUUACCUGGCUCAAUUUGCCGAAAUUGUGGAUAAAUUCAGUGAAAAUAUCGACGAACCAAACCCGAACGUAGAAAUGGCCACCCAAACUGCCUCCAAGUUAUUGACAGACAUCGUACAGUCGUUGAACGAGUCAGUAGUCCAAGCUUCCGAAGUUGCCAAAAUUCAUGGCAAAAUGAGCGACUUGAUGAUCAAAGCUUGGUCCAUCCCGACCUAUGGAUACGAAUUUGGACAUCGUCUUUGUGAAACUAUGCGCGAUUAUGGUGGAUUAUCGUAUUUGAUCUCAUGUAGUGAGUCCAAAUAUGAAGGAGUUAGAUUCUCCAGCGCUAAGUUAUUGGAACAGUGCUUGACACCAGGAAAUCGAGCUUAUGUUGUUGAACAUGGAUUGGAAAAAGUCGUUAGAGGGAUUUGUUCAACGAAAAAUUCAUCUUCGCAAGAUCAGUCGAGAGUUCGAACAGGAAUCCUGGAACAUUUAUUCAAACACAGCGAAAGUACCUGCGAAGACAUCACACGUUACGGUGGCUUACAAGUCAUUUUGGACGACUGCCGAAAAAACGACAUCCCAACAUUGAGAAAUUGCGCCAAGGCCUUGGUGAAUUUGAGUCUCUACGGCGGAGCUGAAAAUCAACAAGUGAUGAUCAAGCACAAAGUAUCACUUUGGCUUUUCCCGUUGGCUUUCCACGAUGACGACGUAGUAAAAUACUACGCGUGCUUAGCUAUCUCGAUUCUAGUAACCAUUAAGGAAUUAGAAGGAGACGUGUUAAAAUCCGGCACUUUGAAAUUGGUAGAGCCAUUCAUAAUGAAUCACGACCCAGUUGAAUUUAUCGUAUCGAAUCGGUCUCACAUCCUGAGCCAAAGUAAAAAUUGGCUAUCGCGGUUAAUUCCGGUGUUGAACUCGAAUCGAAAAGAGUCCAGAAAUUUGGCUGCUUUUCAUUUCUGCUUGGAAGCAGGUAUUCGAAAAUCGCUUAGAAAUGAAGAAGCAGCGACAGGAGGAAUGUUUCGAGAAAUUGGAGCGGUUAUAUAUUUGAAAAAAAUUGCCAGCGGUCCAUGCAAUACUGGUGCUAAACUAGCUGCCGAAGCGUUAAAACUGAUGGGCGAAGAUUUACCUCAUAAACUCAUCAAACAGGUUCCUUCGUGGUCUCCGGAAGAUGUUCAGAAUUGGAUUACGCAAGUUGGUUUCUCCGAAUUGGUUUCCAAGUUUGAAGAAAAUCGAAUAGAUGGAGAUCUGUUGUUGAGGAUGACGGAAGAAAGUUUAGAUAAAGAUUUACAGAUGACGAACGGAAUUCAAAGGCAGAGAUUCAUCAGAGAGUUGCAAAAUCUGAAGAAAAUAGCUGACUAUGGAAGUCAUGAUCAAGAUGAUUUGAACGAGUUUCUGCGACGGAUUAACCCAGAUUUUACCAUAUAUACUUAUGGUAUGUUGAUUGCAGGUGUCAACAAAACUUCAAUCAGGAACAUAUCUGCGUCUCAGUUGAGCAGGGACUGUGCUAUUAAAAACUCUAUCCAUGUAUCUCAAAUUUUAGAAGCUAUUAAAGCUAAACUUGAUUUAGAAGAACAGAAUCCAUCCAAAUUAGAUGUGUUCUUAUGCUACCGUCGAGCAGGUGGCAGUAAUUUAGCUAGCUUGCUCAAAUGUCAUCUCAGUUCAUUAGGGUAUUCAGUUUUCCUAGAUGUGUAUGACUUGAAAUCGGGUAAAUUUGACGUAAAUUUACUCCAGAAAAUAGAGCAGUCGAAAAAUUUCGUCUUGGUUCUAACACCGCAAUCAUUGGAUCGAUGUAUUGGCGAUGAUGGAUGUGAGGACUGGGUCCAUAGAGAAUUCGUAGCUGCGAAACAGUACAAAUGUAAUAUUAUUCCGAUAAUAGAUGCUGAAUUUCUGUGGCCCAAAACAGAUGAAUUACCUGAAGACAUGCGAGAUGUUUGCUUUUUCAAUGCAAUUCAAUGGAAUCACCUGAAUCAGAAAGGUGUUGUUGAAAAAUUGCAAACUUUCUUGAAGUAAAAUAUCGGUAGCAGAUUCAAUGAAGACCAUGAUUGAAAAUGGAUAGGUAAAGGUAUACAUACACAGUAUUAUAACCACUGUUGUUAUGUUGUAUUGAAGAAUGAAGACUGAUUAAAUAAUAGUGUAAUUUGAUCACAAUUUUUUGAACGUUGAUUAAAGUAAUUUAAAAAAGAAAUUGAUGUCACUUGACUUCGAAUAAGGUUUGGAAUUUGAAUGAUUCUUUCUAAGGAAACUAGGAUAGGAAACGAAAAGACAUGGCGUAUUAUUUUAUUGGUGUUUUAUUUUAGGAGGAACUUUGCUGAUUUAUGUGUACUUAUUCGAUUCUUGAGAUUCGA